ACUUGUAUUUUUGACUUCCGCAAUGAUCUCGUCAUCUGAAGCAAUUCUCUUGUAAUCUCCGCUGCGCUGUCGCUGUAGCAAAAAUGAAACGCUGUUCAAGCUGAUAGGGCAAUAGUGGCUCGCAACGACUGAAGCUCGAACGUAGAUAGAUCGGGUUGUCUAGGACACCUGGGUAUGGAGAGACCUUCCGCCCUCUGCGCAUCAUCUUCAGUGUCGAGCAGCCCGAGGAGAUCACGAUUCCACGGACGGACAAGCAAAUAUUUCCGAGGGGAGCUACCCUGCGAGAACUGGAGCAGGGCGUCUUUCGAGGUAAUCUCCAGGUCACGAAGUCCCUCUGCCUUGACCAGGCUUCCCUCCCAGUUUGGUGAUAGGGAAUACGAUACAAGGCAGAUGCAGAAGCAGCCGGCCCUGGUCCGUGGAAUGAAGAGCGCUCAGGGUGACAAGCUUCUGGUACAAUUUCGAAGCCCGCGUGUUAGGCGACUGGGCAUUAUUUAUUCAUUUCGCGACAUCCAUGGGAAGCUUCAGCAAGGAGGCAGUUGCACGAAGUUCGAGCCCGAUGAAAGCUAUAGGAAGCGUGAUAGGAAGUGUCAGCAAGGAGACGGCGGUACGUCGGAACUUGGGAGAUCGAAGGCCCCAUGUCAUACAGAGAUGACGGCGAGAAUGGUGGGUCUCUGUACGGCGUGAGGUCGGCUGACAGGCAGCUGUUAACCUCAGAUGAUGUUCCGACCCAAUCUAGGACAUCAACGUUGCCUGGUUGGACUACGAUCUCCUGCAAAAGCCGCCCGAGCGCUUUUUGCUUCCCCUCGUCAUAUUUCACAGGAAGGCGGAUGUCGAA